AUGUCGGACUCUCGGACUGGAGAUCACGAACCAGAUGCAAUCCUCAUUUCGCGUGAAAACGUACUCGGUAGCAGCAAUCCUCUGCUACUGUCAACAUCUCCAAGUGCCCACGUCCCCAGCGUGACCAGUCAUGUCUUGAAUUCCCCGGGCUUACUUGAAGAUACUCAACCAACGCUCAAUUCUGCAUCAGACACAUCAACCCAGUCUCCCCCGUCUAUUCCGCCAGAUGACAUCGACGACUUGGACAGUGAGACUCCCGAUGUUGAUUCAUCAUCCACUGAAAGCUCCUCGGUGUUCGAAGAGGAUUUCACAUCAGACUACACAGCCUCACUACUUUCCGAGGCAGAGAACUUCACUUACGAAAAUGGAAGACGGUAUCAUUCGUACCGUGAAGGCACAUAUGUACUUCCAAACGACGAACCCGAACAAGAUCGACAAGAUCUACUCCACCAUGUCCGGAACCUAGUUCUCCGUGGCAGGCUCUUUCACGCCCCCUUGGAUAAGAAUAUCCAACGAGUCCUAGAUAUAGGCACAGGAACCGGGAUCUGGGCCAUCGACUUUGCAGACGUCUUUCCCAGUGCCCAGGUAAUAGGGAUCGAUCUGAGUCCCAUUCAACCCGCAUGGGUUCCACCGAACUGUCGAUUUAUAGUCGAUGACGCUGAGGCAGAUUGGCUGUAUAGCAGAUCUCAACCAUUUGACUAUAUUCAUUCCCGCGAUAUGGGUGGCUCAAUCUCUGACUGGGCAAGAUUGCUGGCCCAAAGUUUUCAGCAUCUACGUCCUGGUGGCUGGAUCGAGCUGUGUGAGUUUGAAGUUAUGCUAAAAUCGGACGAUGAUUCGAUAUUGCUUGCACCAACACUGUGUGAGUUCCUUGAUCAUUUAGACCAGGCUAGUGCACGCUUCAAUCGACCAAUGAAUAUUGCGAGGCAUCAUCGACGACAGCUGAUAGAAGCUGGCUUUGAAGAAGUUCACGAUGAUACUUUCAAGGUACCAUCGAGUACAUGGCCUACAGAUCCUUUGAACAAAGAGAUUGGCAAAUACAACCUGUGCUCUCUUUUGCUGGCAGUUGAGUCUUAUUCGCUGGCUCUCUUCACUCGUGUCCUAGGAUGGUCAAACGAGCGAACCCAGGUGUUUCUUGCUGGGGUACGCCGGGAGCUCAAGAACCCCAAUGUUCGUAGUUAUUGUACCCUGCAUGUCGUCUACGGUCGCAAGCCGUCUCACCAUGUUGAUCAUCAGCAGCCAUUCUUCUGGCUUACAUACAGUAUUGCCCACGCUUUCUGCUCGCCCUUGCGCCAAUUUCCGGGUCCGUUUCUAUGGUCUAUCUCUCGUAUCCCGUCAAGCAUAUCCGUCCUCCGCGGCACAAAUCACCUCGAUGUCUUGGCCCUGCAUAGGAGGUAUGGGCCAAUUGUGCGUAUCGGCCCCAACGAACUCGCUUUCAAUACUCCACAGGCAUUUCAUGAUACCUACGGCGCAAACUUAGAUGGAAGCUGCUUUCCCAAGGAUCGAAGCCAUUAUGAGCCUCCGGCGAAUGGUGUUGAUCAUUUGGUCUCUGCGGUCGACGAUGCCAGUCAUGCGAGGCAGAGACGCCUUAUUGCGCAUGCUUUCUCAACCAAGGCGUUGAGAGAACAGGAAGGCCUGAUUUGUGGCUACUUUGAUACACUGAUCACCAAAUUGAGAAAUACUAUUCGAGAAGGAAGGUCAGUGGUUGACAUCAAAGCAUGGAUGAACUUUACCACUUUCGACAUAACUGGUGAUCUAGUGUUUGGCGAGUCCUUUGAUUGCUUGAAGGAUAAGACAUUGCACCCUUGGAUUGAAAUGGUAUUCGACUCGAUGAAGGCCAUUGCUUUUGUUGGUGUUGUGAACCAGUUUCCGGCUCUGAAAUGGCUUUUGAAUAAGUUCCUUCCUCGUGGAUUGAAGCGUACUGGCCAAGAUCAUUUCGAUCUCACCGCACAGAAAGUCGAUCGUCGAUUAAGGGCUAAUGUUUCUCGUCCUGACUUCAUGUCUGCAAUGUUGCAGAAUGGUUUGAGUGAGAAGGUUGGUCAGUAUGAUGCCAGUGAGCGUGUCAUGACCAGGGCAGAGCUCCAUUCUAAUGGUUUCAUCCUCAUCGUUGCCGGUAGUGAAACAUCUGCAACCCUGCUAUCCGGCUGCAUCUACUACUUAUGUACCUUAUGUACAACACCACGCGUGAUGGCAAGACUCACCGCAGAUAUUCGAUCAGCUUUCACCCAAGAUAGCAAUAUGACAUUCCGUGCUCUGGAGAACUUGACAUAUCUAGCCGCCGUGAUUAAAGAAUCUCUACGCAUGUAUCCGCCCUUCGCUACAAGUCUGGCACGUCUUGUGCCUACUGGCGGCGCGCUUGUGGAUGGCCAUUUUGUUCCUGAGCAUACAAUCGUCGCAUGCCAUCACUAUGCCUCCUACCACUCAGAGUCCAAUUUCAGCUAUCCGGAACAGUUCAUUCCUGAACGUUGGCUAGAUGACCCAGUAUUCAAGAACGAUCAGAGAAACGUCUUGCAGCCAUUCAGUCUAGGUCCACGCGGUUGUCUUGGAAAGAAUCUCGCCAUUUGCGAGAUACGCCUAAUUCUUUGCAAGUUGCUCUUCAACUUUGAUCUCCAACUUCAGCCCGAGAGCAUCGAUUGGCCUAGUCAAAAGGUCUACUAUCUUUGGAGCAAACCACCACUCGUGGUUUUACUGAAAGAUAGACUUUCAUCUGCAGAAGUCUCGCCCGAGACUAUGGGAUCUAUUUAG